AGAUGGGGCCUCUAUCACUCAAGUUCAGACUUUCUCUUUUGAGGCUCCUGGUCAUCUUCCACGAAGAUAUAUUCUGCCUGGGACAAGCCAACCAUGAGGUCUUGGAGUGGACUUGGAGAUCAAAUGAUGGAAAAUCUGCUGCUCCACCUCAAAGCUACAUAAAGGCCAUUAUCGAUCGCAUUGCAAAGGUAGAAUUAAGACUCUCCCAGCUGGAAAAAAUUUCCGCAGCCUAUCGUAAAGAAAUAACGGAAUUGCAAAAGAAUAACAUUGGGUUGAUGGACAGAAUAAGUAAAGUUGAAGACGUCCAAGUGAAAGGCUCAGGAGACCCCUGCCCCGAAGACUGGUUCUCUUUUUCCCGAUUUUGCUAUAAAUACCACAAGAACCCAGAAUCUUGGAACAGAGCAGAGGCCAAAUGUCAAGCCUACGGCCCAGAGGUGCAUCUUGCCACCAUUGCCAGUCGUGAAGAAAUGGCCGUUGUGACCAAAGAACUAGCUAAGCGCGUUCAACCUAAGCAUCAGGUCUGGAUUGGGAUGCACAGGAUGAAAAGUGGCAAGUUCCCAAGGUGGAGGUGGACAGAUUUUUCGACAGCUAACUACAUGCCUUGGGCAGUUGGGGAACCGCACGCUCAGGAAAAAGAGCACUGUGUAGCGCUGCACGCUGAAAACCUUGCUCUAUGGACUGAUAAUAUGUGUGAGGAAAAGUUUCCCUUUCUGUGCCGAUUCUCAUUGCACUGAGUGCAGCAAUUUGCCAUGGCUUUCCAAACAGCUUCCAUGAGCCCCACGCGUUGAAUAACAGGGUUGGCUUCGAGUCCUUUCCUUCCAUGGGGGCCCAAGCCAUUGUCCUUGCUAUGUUCCAGCACCUUCGCCUCUUUCCUGCCUGGCCUGUG